AUGGCUCUCCUCACUCUCGUCGAGGACCGCCCGACGCCCAAGGCCGUCUACAACUGGCGCGUCUACAUGUGCGCCAUUAUUGCUUCUUUUGCCAGUUGCACCAUUGGCUAUGAUUCAGCCUUUAUCGGAACUACGCUUGCUCUGAAGUCCUUCACCGAUGAGUUCCAGUUCGCGAGCUACAGCACCAGCGGAUUGGCUCUUCUCAAGUCCAACAUCGUCUCUGUCUACCAGGCCGGUGCCUUCUUCGGCAGCUUGUUCGCCUAUGUCAGCAGUUACUUCCUCGGCCGCAAGAAGAGUUUGAUUGUCUUCAGUCUUGUCUUCAUGCUUGGCGCCGGCAUGAUGCUCGGCGCCAACAGAGAGCGUGGUCUCGGUCUCAUUCUCGGUGGCAGAGUUCUCGCUGGUAUCGGUGUGGGCGGCUGCUCUAACAUGACGCCCAUCUACAUCUCUGAGCUUUCCCCGCCUGCCGUUCGUGGACGUCUUGUCGGCAUCUACGAGUUGGGAUGGCAGAUUGGCGGUCUCGUUGGUUUCUGGAUCAACUACGGUGUCGACUCCACGAUGGCUCCCAGUCACUCUCAAUGGCUCAUCCCAUUCGCCGUUCAGCUCAUUCCUGCUGGUCUGUUGCUUGUUGGAGCUCUCUGGAUCCCUGAGUCGCCCCGUUGGCUGUUCUCCAAGGACAGAAAAGAGGAGGCCAUGAAGGUCCUUUGCUGGAUGAGAAACCUGGACGCCAACGACAAGUACAUGGUCGAAGAAGUCAGCUACAUCACUGCGGACCUUGAGCGAUACAGACGGGAAGUCGGCGCUGGAUUCUGGAAGCCUUUUGCCGCUCUCAAGCAAAGCAAGGUUCAGUGGCGCUUCUUCCUCGGUGGCAUGCUUUUCUUGUGGCAAAACGGCUCUGGCAUCAACGCCAUCAACUACUACAGCCCCACGGUUUUCAAGAGUAUCGGUAUCACUGGUACCAACACGAGUUUCCUCACCACCGGUAUCUUUGGCGUUGUCAAGACGGUUGUUACCUUCAUCUGGAUUCUGUGGCUUAUUGACCACCUUGGCCGCCGCAACCUGCUCCUGAUCGGUGCCAUUGGCGGAUCCCUCUGCAUGUGGUACAUUGGAGGCUACCUUGCUCUCAACCCGGCUGCUGGUAACAACGGCGGCGGUCUUUCUUCCGGAGGCAUUUCCGCCAUGGUCUUCUUCUACCUGUGGACAGUAUUUUACACUCCUUCUUGGAACGGUACCCCGUGGGUUAUCAACUCUGAGAUGUUCGACCAGAACACUAGAUCUCUGGGUCAAGCAAGCGCUGCUGCCAACAACUGGUUCUGGAACUUUAUCAUUUCCCGUUUCACCCCUCAGAUGUUCAACGCCUGGGGUUACGGAGUCUACUUCUUCUUCGCCUCCCUCAUGAUCUUGUCGGCCAUCUUCGUCUUCUUCCUCGUGCCUGAGACGAAGGCUGUGCCAUUGGAGAUGAUGGAUCGUCUCUUUGAGGUUAAGCCCGUCUGGCGCGCUAACAAGAUCGUCCUCGACGAGUUGGCGGAAGACCAGAGCUUGAGGCAGAACGACUCCGACGGGGUCGCUUAUGGAGAGAAGUCCGACGAGGGAGAAGUCAGCCAGGUAGAGAGGAAGAUUAGCGUCUAA